AUGGCGUCUUUACUGGCACCUCUGACGGCCACUGCCGAGCAUUUCAAUUUCGCGACAGACGUCGUUGACAAAUGGGCACUCAUCGACCCCAGCCUGCGCGCGAUGCUGUGGACGACGGCCGGCCCUCGAGGCAAUUCGCCGCCUCGCACAUUCACCUACCGCUAUUUUCGAGACCAGAGCCAUCGGGCUGCACACCUGUUGAGAGACCUUGGCGUCCAACGUGGAGAUCGGUUGAUGAUCGUCUCGAACAGAGUACCCGCAUGGCGUGCAGGUGGGAGGAAAGUCAUCUCGACUCUUAUGCUACAUCCGACGUACCGUGUUCAAGCCUCACAAUGUACCAUCUUCGUUGGCAAUCGGUCCACCAUCAGCGCUUUCCUCGGAGUCAAGUCAAGAUGUCCUAGUGUGCGAGUCAUCUUGCAGAUCGACGGCGAGCCGCACGAGGACGCGGUCCAGUACCGGCACGCCUUGAAACAGACGUCUUUGCAGGACUUCAUCGGGCCCAAGACGACAUGGUCGGACCCGUGCAUCAUCUAUUUCACGUCUGGGACUACAGGCCUGCCCAAAAUGGUGCUUCACAACCAGGUCUCCUACCCUCUAGGUACCACUUCCUCUGCUGCGCCAGAUGCUCAUGCUUCAACCGGCAAAUACUGGUUGGAUCUGGACCAAAGUAAAGUUUUCUGGACGCUGGCGGAGCAGGGAUGGGCCAAAGCGGGAUGGUCAUGGUUCGCGACCUGGAACAUGGGCGCCACAUUGUUCAUCCAGGACGAUCGAGGCGCGUUUUCUCCCCAGUCGCUGAUCGACACGCUCGCCGAGCACGACAUCACGACUCUGUGUGCGCCGCCGACGGCGUAUCGCCAGCUCGUCACCCCGGAUAUGCAGGCAUACUUUGCGCAGAGGAGACCUAGAGCUCUACAGCAUUGCGUUAGCGCGGGAGAGCCACUGAAUCCCGAGGCUGUGAAUGUGUGGAAAGCCAUGAGCGGGAUUGAAAUCAAGGACGCAUACGGUCAAACCGAGACGACCAUGGCUGCGGGGAAUUUCGUUGGUGUCAAGGUGAAGCUGGGCAGUAUGGGCAGAGCCACGCCCGGCGUGCCGCUCGACGUGAUUGACGAGCAGGGCAACAUUACCCCCGACAACACGGAAGGUGACCUCGCAGUCAAAGUGGUGGACGAACACGGCAGGAGGACCAUGGGUGUCUACGACGGAUACAUUUCGAAAGACGGUCAGGUGAGUCGGGCUACCAGAGUGUCAUCGUCGUCAUCGUCGUCACUGUCAUCGCGAAGUCGACCAGGCAAGUACGCGGCGGAAUGGCAUAUUACUGGGGAUCGAGCGUACCGCGACGCAGACAGGUAUCUUUGGUUUGUAGGCCGAUCCGACGACGUGAUCAACUCGAGCGGCUAUAGGAUUGGCCCCUUUGAAGUCGAAUCCGUCCUGAAACAGCACCCGGCCGUACUCGAGUCCGCCGUCGUGGCCUCCCCGGACGCCGACCGCGGGGAAGUGGUCAAGGCCUUUAUCGUGCCGACCCAGGACUACCGAGACCGCGCGUUCGCCCCCGAAACCGCGGCCUCGCUGAUCCGCGCGAUUCAGGAUUUCUGCAAGAAGGAGGCCGCGCCGUACAAGUACCCACGCAAGAUCCAGUUCGUCGAGCCGGCGUUUUUGCCCAAGACCACGAGCGGGAAGAUCCAGAGGGGGGUUUUGAGGAGGAUGGAAAAUGCGGCGGCGGCGACGAAGACGAUGCGGGGAUCGCAUGGCGGUGCGAAAUUGUGA